CAUUCGCCGCAGCUUGUCGCGCAUACUGGCAGGUGGCUUCCUAUGAUUAUUUCUAUCUAAAAGAAAACAAUAUUGACAACAUUAGUCACAUCGCUUGUUAGAGUUGUAGAACCCCAAACCAGUUAUCUGCUCUGCGGGGUCGUUUGUAGCCUAACGUGCGUGUCAUCACUUUAAAUGAGUCCAUGACAAGUGUCCUCCUCGCCACCCGGCACCGGGAGGCAGGGGCACCCAGUGCUAGCUAGCAGCUGUAGCCGCACACAGCGUCUUCCUCGGCGGGUUCACAGACGAACCGGCGUCACCGCGGCGGCUAACGGCAGCUAGCUUGCUCAGCUGCGACUGAGACGUCGCCCCGUUGGUUCCGAGGCGGUGUCGUCACCUCGUAGCGCGGCGGACACUCGUCAGGUCAACGACGUUGCCGGGUGUGGUCGGGAUCUGUCGGACACUUGAACCCCCUCCUCCUCCCCCCCCCCACCCCGGCAUGGCCGCAGACUCCAUGGAGAUUGACGACUCUCUUUACAGCCGCCAGCGGUAUGUGCUGGGGGACAGUGCCAUGCACCAGAUGGCCCAGUCAUCGGUCUUCCUCAGUGGGAUGGGAGGACUGGGGAUAGAGAUAGCGAAGAACAUCGUCCUGGCUGGUGUGAAGGCGGUCACCCUCCAUGACACAAAGCACUGUGAGACGUGGGAUCUUGGCUCCAACUUCUUCAUCCGCACAGAUGAUGUGUUGAGCCAGAGAAAGAGGGUGGAGACGGUGUGCCCUCGGGUCGCAGAGUUGAACCCCUAUGUUCACGUCGACAUGUCUUCCUCCGCUCUGGGUGACAGCACAGAUCUCAGCUUUCUCAGCAAGUACCAGUGUGUGAUUAUGACUGAAGCCCGGUUGAGUCUACAGAAGAGAGUGAAUGAGUUCUGCCACUCACAACAACCCCCCAUCAGAUUCAUCGGUUGUGACUCGUAUGGCAUCUGUGUGCGGGUGUUUUGCGAUUUUGGGGAGGAGUUUGAGGUAUCUGAUCCCACAGGAGAGGAGCCCAAGGAGAUUUUCAUUCAAAGUAUCACUCAGGACAGUCCUGGGGUGGUGAUGUGCAUGGACAACCUGCCUCACGGCCUACAGACAGGCCAGAGUGUUGUCUUCAGAGAGGUCAACGGCAUGGUGGAACUCAAUGGCACUGCAAGAGAGGUUUCAGUCCUUUCCCCUCACAGUUUUGCUAUAGGAGAUACAUCCCAACUACAACCAUAUGCACAUGGAGGUUUCUUUGUCCUGGUGAAAACCCCGAAGACAUUCACAUUUGAAACGAUAGAGAGGCAGUUGAAUGAUCCUCAGGUCCUCACACCAGACUUCAGUAAACCAGAGGCUCCACUUCAGAUCCACGCAGCCAUGUUGGCGCUGGACACCUUCCAGGAUCAACAUAGCAGACUUCCAAAUAUUGGGUGUCUACAAGAUGCUGAGGUUUUGCUGAAGCUAACCGAGGAAGUGAAUGCCACUCUUAGGAACAAAGCUCCUGUUAAUGCUGAGCUGGUGCGCUGCCUGUCGAGGACAGCCAUGGGAACUCUUCCUCCGUUAGCUGCAGCCGUAGGAGGCUUAGCUAGCCAGGAAGCUCUGAAGGCCAUCACAGGGAAGUUUGCGCCUCUACAGCAAUGGUUUUACCUCGAUGCCAUCGAAGUUGUGAGGCCUCUUCAGUCUCUCGCUGCGGAGGAGUUCCUCCCCAGGGGCGAUCGGUAUGAUGGAUUACGAGCUUGCAUUGGUGAAUCCAUGUGUCUUGAACUGCACAAGCUCAGAGUCUUUAUGGUUGGAUGUGGUGCCAUUGGCUGUGAAAUGCUAAAAAACUUUGCUCUGCUCGGGGUUGGAUUGGCAAAGAGAUCGGGAGUGGUGUGCAUCACAGACCCGGAUCUUAUAGAAAAGUCGAACCUCAACAGGCAAUUUCUCUUCAGACCGCAUCAUAUACAGAAACCGAAGAGCACCACAGCAGCAGAAGCCACUCACGAUAUAAACCCCGACUUGAAUGUGGAUGCUCACCUGAACAAGGUGUGUCCUGCUACUGAGAACAUCUACAGUGACUCCUUCUACACCCGCCUGAACCUGGUGGUUACUGCGCUGGACAACGUGGAGGCCCGGAGAUACGUGGACAGUCGCUGCCUAUCCAACCUGAGACCUCUCCUGGACUCUGGCACCAUGGGAACUAAAGGACACACAGAAAUCAUUGUGCCAAAUUUGACAGAGUCAUACAAUAGCCAUAGAGACCCCCCCGAGGAGGAAAUCCCAUUCUGCACUCUCAAGUCUUUCCCUUCUGUCAUCGAGCACACCAUCCAGUGGGCCAGAGACAAGUUUGAGAAUGCAUUUGUCCACAAGCCCUGCGUGUACAGCUUAUUCUGGCAGACCCACUCCUCGGCUGAAGCGGUGCUACAGAGGAUGCAGGCAGGGCAAAGCCUGGAGGGGUCGUUUCAGGUCAUUAAGCUGCUGAGCAGACGGCCCAGCCAGUGGGAACAAUGCAUCGCUAUUGCUCGUUUGAAAUUUGAAAAGUAUUUCAAAAGAAAGGCCAUGCAACUGUUGUACUCUUUCCCCCUGGACACAAGGUUAAAAGAUGGAAGUUUGUUUUGGCAAUCUCCUAAAAGACCUCCGGCCCCCAUUGAUUUUGACUUGAAAGACUCUUUGCACUUCACUUUCAUUGUCAGCGCUGCUCGGCUUUUCGCCGGGAUUUAUAACAUCCCUUACUCAGAAAAGGACCUCUCCAAAGAGGCAGUGAGCAGGAUUCUAUCAGAUGUCAAGAUUCCGGAGUACAGGCCUUCAGAGAAAUGUAUAGAGACGGAUGAGACGGUAAAGAAGCCUGAACAGACGAAGAUGCCUCAAAGCAGCGAAGAGGAGAGGGAGGCCAUCACACAGCUGGAGCAGGCCAUCGUUGCUGACCGUGUCACACCCGACAACUUACAGAUGCGUCCGCUGCAGUUCGAGAAGGACGAUGACGCCAACGGCCACAUGGACUUCGUCACGUCAGCGUCUUCUCUCAGAGCGAGGAUGUACUCCAUCGAGCCGGCAGACAGACUCAAGACCAAACGCAUCGCCGGCAAGAUCAUCCCUGCCAUUGCCACGGCAACAGCCGCUGUGGCUGGACUGGUGGCCCUGGAGUUGAUCAAGGUGGUUGGAGGCUACGAGUUUGAAUCUUUCAAAAACUGCUUCUUCAACCUGGCCAUCCCCGUGGUGGUGCUCACCGAGCCUGCCGCAGUUAAACGGACACUUAUCAGAGACAACAUCUUCUUCUCCAUCUGGGACUGUUGGACUAUUUUUGGCCAUGAGGACUUCACCCUCUCUGACUUGAUGAAUGCAGUGAGGGAAAAGUAUGGAAUUGAACCCACUAUGGUUGUCCAUGGUGUGAAAAUGCUCUAUGUGCCUGUGAUGCCUGGACACUCAAAAAGACUUAAAUUGACGAUGCAGAAGCUCAUCAAGCCGUCAGUGGACCGCCGCUAUGUAGACCUGACUGUGUCAUUCGCUCCGGAGGCAGAUGGAGACGAAGACCUCCCCGGGCCGCCCGUCAGGUACUACUUCACCCGCAACGGAGAGACGCCAUGACACCUUUCUCAAACGUCGUCCUCGAGCCCUGUGUCCUUACUCUCCCUUUCAUGUAAAUUGUUGUGCCCCAAUAACCUGGGCCGGGGUCAAGAGCUUUCCCUCAGGAUUCUAUCAGAAGAGGGCAAAGCUCCUGCCCCCGGCACACGCCCCCCCCUGUACUUUAUGGAGCAAGAAAAAAAGAAUUCUGGUCACAGUUUUUCUAGCCAGUUGAAACACGAGGCUGCCUGAGUAGCACUUAACUGUACCUGUGUACAUAUAUUUUCUCUGUUCUGUUUUCUACUCUGGUGAAAUGCACAGCUCUGCCUGUGUCGAUGCCUUAAUUGAUUAAUAACCUCUUUGUUUGUGGCAGUGAGUCUGACUAAAAUGUUUACAGAAACCUGCAUACUUUUGAAAUAAAGCCCCAUUGGUCUAAUUUCUGUUUUAAAUCUGCAAGGAAUGUUGAAGCGGAUUUGAGGUCUGUCGGCAUCACAUCUUCUUCUUCCUCAGAGUCCCUCUUAUUGCUUUUGAAAACAUCACGGACCACAGAAUGAUCCAGUUGUUGGUCAUUUCCCCUCAUAGCAACAGGCCCGGUCUGUAUCUCUAGUACAAUUUAAAGGUGCAACAGGUCAGUGGACAAUGGCGCAACCACCAAAGAUGCUGAUUAUCAUUGUGUCUGCAGAUGAUGGUUCUGUUCAUCAUCAGAUCAUGAGGGCAUCAUAAAAAAACAUUUAUAUCACAAGGUUUUGGUAUCACCCAAACAUUAAGGGGCAACAAACACGUCUUGAUGUCGACUCGACACAGCAUCAACGCUUCAUAUUGUCAUAUUGCUUCCAAGUGGAUUGAUGUGUUGCUCUUCACAAACCACCUGUAGCUGAAGCUGCUCGUCCGACCCAUGUCAUUAGAUGCUAAGGUAAUGACUUCAUUAACACAUUUGGGAAAACAUUAUGUUCUUCAUCAGAUUGUUUUCACACCAACAUGAAACAUCUGUACCGACAUCUGGGAUAAGACACCGACUCUUUUUAAAACACCUUUUUUUUUUUUUAAGAAAAAAAACAACAACUUUGCUGUUCACCAUGUAUUUCUUGCAUUUGUUUAUGGAUGUGUGUCCAUGACGUGUAUUUAUUUACUUGUUACUCAUUGUUCUCGUGUGAAAUUGAGCCUGUGUUGAGCUCUGUGGAGUCAUGGUGCACUGGUUGAUCGACAGGUGGAGGUUGAAUCAGAAAGGGUCUUUGAAGUAGUCGUCAUUGGAAUGCAUCAAAUUGGCAAUAAUGUCAAUGUAGUUUUGAAUGGAAUCUAUUUGAUUUGAAAAUCCAGUUUAUGUACGGACUAUAACCAACAGAUUGAUCAGCUGCGUCUUCACAAUGAUUAGGACUAGAGUCACACAAAUGAAAGUCUCUGCCCGAUACCAGAGGGGCUGAACUUCACUUAUCAUACUCACAACACCUCUUGUGCAGUGAAUGUCAUGAGUGUAAAAACAAGUGUUAAUGAGUUUCUGAUAAUGAUGUAUGUUCUUGUGACAGACAGCUCAACCAAUGGUCCAAUAAAAUGUGAGAUUUAAGGAUGUCCUCAAGACUAA